AUGCCAAGGAAUAUUCAAUUAACCGACUUUGAAAAAGGACAAAUUAUUGGAAUUAUAAUAAACUUACCCCUUCAUGAAAUCUUAAGUAGUAAUGAUAUUAAUAUUUCGCAAGCAACUGCAAGAAACAUCUUGCACAAACAUGGAAUAUGGGGACGUAUAGCCACCAAAAAACCAGGUUUAACUCAAAGACAAGCUGAAGCGCAACUUGCCUGGUGUAAUGCCUGUGUCAAUUGGAGCGUAAACGAUUGGCAGAAGAUUAUUUUUAAUGAUGAAUAA